UGGCUGUUCGGCAAUGAAAAUCUCCGGCGGGUCAUCAAUUCCCCCGUUCUCCUUCUCUGAUGUUUCCAUUCGAAAUCCAAAUUUCUCUCCGACUGCCACAUGCCCACCUUCUCAACGUCUUCACCAUUUUCAUUUUCCCCUCACCGGAACCGGGAACCGGGAACCGGGAAUCGGGAAUCGGGAACCUCCCCUUCUCUUCUCCAAUUCACAAUUGACCUGUUUUGUUCUUCCGAUUCUGACAGAUCGAGAGAGUUGGGUUUGGGAACUUUUCAAGUUGUCCAUGCUAUAUGUGCAAGGCAGUGAAUCAUUGGUGAUAAUUUUGGAUUACUGUUGGGAGAGGGUGGAUGUUUUUCUUAUUCUUUGCCAUUGAGACUGUUGGACAAAGGAGUUGGGUUUUGU